AUGGCUGCUCUCAAGUUUGAGGAAGCUCAACUCAAUGUCACAAAGGAUAUCGACCUGAUCACGAAGUGGAGUGAAAAAUUUGAUUCCUUUGCAUCCAGACAGGCCCAAUUCCAGCUUACUGGAAACCUCGAUGUGAAGUACCUCAGCGACAGGUACCAGAAAGGGCUUGAUGCCGUGGAUGCCAUGCUCCAUGAAUCGCAGCGUUUCAUACAUGUGGAUGAUUUGACUGAAGCUGCCAACGACGUGGUUUCCCACAUGGCGAAGACUGGACACCAAUCGGCCAAAGUCAAUGAGCUUGUCCAAGUUGACCCUGAUGCUCCUAUGGCGCCCAACCACAGGGUGCAGCAGCGUGGUGUGCAAGCAGCAGUUGCCAUGUUGCAGCAAACACUGCAGGGCAUCACUGUUCCAACUGGUGCAAAGGUCAAUGUCUUCGACUUGACACCCAAUCGCUUCGCAGAGUGGAGCCGUGCUGUUUGGGACCGCCAGUUGAGCCAACUCAAGGCUCCCGACAGUGCUGCUGUGUCCUUCACAUACACAGGCUACUUCACCGACAUGGAUGAGGUGGAGCAACAGCGCAAAACCAUGCAUGGUCGCUGCAUGUCGGAUUGGUGGGACAGUUCUUCAGAAGCUGGGCCGAAAACCCGACCCGCCUCAGAGUUUGGAGAAGCUCCGCCAGGCUUGAGUUCGUUGAGUACUGCGGACGGAUGCCUCCAGCCACGCGUUGUUGAUUAA